AUGUCAGAAUCGAACCUGGCCGAGAAACUGGACGUGAUCCUCUCGAAGCUCACCAAGCUAGAACAAGGCCAAACAGACUUGCAAUCCAAUCACCGGGAGCUCGGUUCCACGGUGGAAUCCAUCAACGGUCGGGUAAAUGCUCUCGCGGGCGUGAAGCUGGCGCAGGACGGCAUUGCUCACGAUGCGUCCUAUCCAAGCCCCAGACUCGGGCCCAACAGUCCGAAGAUGCUGCCCAAAAGCCACCAGAAGCGGGACAGCACGAGCUCUGUGGAUGGCUAUGGAAAAGACAUCAACGGCCAUGCGGACUCGGCUUCUCCGCCUCCCAGAAGGCCCAGUACAACAUCAAAGAUCAUCCUAACGUCGUACCCCGGGCAGGCUGGAGUCGAUCCGUUACCGAUGCAAUGGGGUUCAAAGGAUCCGGUCAAGAGAGGUCCCGUGGUGGUCUCACGUAAUCCAUCAACGAUCCGGCGGCGAAACGCUAUUGGAGCCCAUGGAGGCUCGUACAGUAUCUACUAUGCACUGGCUGUGGCAUCGAAGCAACUGGAAACGGACCACAAGCCAGACUUCACCAACACAGAGCCCGCUGCGAACAUCGGUCCUUUCCCCGCAUGGUAUGACCCCAAGAAGAUCGUGGCAAUGGAUCCGUUGGGCCAUCUGGCACCAUGGAUGUUCAAGGACUACAUCAAGAACGACAAUAUUGAAAUCAGGCCCACCAUUGCCGUCACCAAGGCGCACAUGAAGAUCCCCGAGCUGGAGGAGAGCGUACGUAAGGGUAGACUCGUACCGGACGGCAAGAUCUGUCUCAAUGAUACUGGAGAGCUCAGUGUCACCAAGUUCGCCGUCGAGCCGGUGUGGUAUCUACCCGGCGUAGCGGAACGUUUCGGGAUCGACGAGGGUACACUCCGCAGGUCUCUGUUCGAGCACACGGGGGGAAGCUACCCAGAGCUGAUUACGAGGAACGACAUCAAGCUGUUCCUGCCACCAAUAGGAGGGCUGACGGUAUACUGCUUUGGCGAUCCGGCUAAGAUGAGCGAUCCGAACGUCAGGCUGGCGCUUCGCGUGCACGACGAGUGCAAUGGCUCUGACGUGUUCGGAAGCGACAUUUGUACGUGUCGUCCUUACCUGAUCUUUGGCAUUGAGGAGGCGGUCAAAGAAGCCCAGAAGGGCGGCAGCGGAGUGGUCAUCUACUUCCGCAAAGAGGGGCGGGCACUCGGCGAGGUGACCAAGUAUCUCGUCUACAACGCACGGAAACGUGGUACUGACCGAGCGAGCGAGUACUUCAAACGGACCGAGAAUAUUGCCGGUGUGAAAGACAUGCGCUUUCAAGCGCUUAUGCCUGACGUCUUGCACUGGCUGGGAAUCACCAAGAUCGACCGGAUGCUGAGUAUGUCGAACAUGAAGCACGACGCCAUUGUCGACCAAGGCAUUCCGAUCCACGAGAGAGUACCGAUUCCCGACGAGAUGAUUCCAGAGGACAGCCGAGUCGAGAUUGACGCCAAGAUCCAUGCAGGCUAUUGUAAGUGUCGGACGAGGUACCAAGAUUGUCGCAAUGAAUACUGACAUGGCUCAUUAGUUACGAACGGUAAGAUCAUGACAACAGAGGAGCUCGCCAAUGUGCAAGGCCGAGCGUGGGAAGACGUCGAUGUAUGA